AAUACAUCCAUGGUCCACACAGUCUAUGUACAGACAACCUGCGUCACUUCCUGUCCUCUUCCUGUUUAUUUUUUCUAACCAGAACCACAUAGAAUGAAAUAUUUCGGCGACAUAAUAAACGAUCUAUGAUCUAUAAGGAAACUGUGCAACAAGCAUUGCUGCUACUUUCCCUCCAAAAUGGAUUUUCUACCGAAUCCCCUGUAGCAUACGGCUUGUAGCCUGUCAGAAUGCUGCAUUAUUUUAACCAGGCAUUAAAGCAUCAUCCAGUCGCCUGAUUAACCUUAAGUUCUCCACUGCUGUUUCCAGUGAGCAGACGCAUGUCGCGGAUCAGGACUACACUCGACAGCGUCACCAAGGCAGUAGGCAGCACAGACCUCAUCUCAAAGUUCUCCCGCUUCAAGCCUGGUAGCGCUGUAAUCGACAGCACCCAUGUGGAAAAAGUUCCGCUCAAAGCAGAGACCUUAACUUCAAACAAUACAGCUACUCCCUCACCACCUGAAACCACCAUGAAAGAAAAGGAAGAAGGUGAGAAGAGCACAGCAGAGGAAGAGUCUGACAAGCAGUUGCACCAGGUUACAGAAAAGCCUUUUGUUGCCACCAAGAAAUCUGGUUCCGCUUCAGCUGCAAAUGUGUCUGCACCAGGCUCGUCUACCACAGUGGCAAAACAAACUAUGCAGCUGUUUCACCCCACAGCUCUUUCAACCAACAUGGAUGAGACCUACAAAACUCUGGCUCAACACAUCAAUAGUUACUUUGGCACCAACACACAGGGAGAAGAUGGAGAGAACAGGCUCCUGCAACAGCCCAGAGGAGGGAAUGAUCCUGUUCCUGAGCCUGUUCCUCAUCCUGCUCCUCCGAAAACCGGGGACCACAUUCCCAUUUUGUCUCCAGUGGCAGAGGCUAAGAGUAUUGAAAUACCAGCUACCUCCCCUGUCCCUCCCUCUCCAUCAGAAACACUCAGUCCUCCAGUAGAGACGUCCCCCUCUGACAGCCCUGUAACAGAAAAUGCAUCUCAACCCUCUCCUGUCCCUACUACCUCCACUAAAAAAGGCUUCGCCCACUAUCUGUCCUACCCUCGGCCCAGCGUUCAGGCCUUUGUUGGCAGUUACAUUGCACCACUGGUCCCCAAAUUCAGAGGUGAUUCCAAAAGCGCAGCAGCUGAGAAAGACAAGGUUUCAGCAGUUGCUGUGGAAGAGCCCUCUGCAGACAAAGCAGGACAGAAGACAGAGAGUGAAGAGGAGAAAGCGAAGCAACAGCUGUUGACUCAAAGGCAGAAGAUAAUAGCCAGGGUGAGUGUAGACAACAGGACCAGAGCUCUGGUGAAGGGCCUGCAGAGGGUCACUGAUGUCAAACUCCUCACCACUCGAGUGGAGGAGCUCAGCUAUCAUCUCCUGGAGUUCCCAGAGACACGAGGUGUAGCUAUCAAGGAGAGCGUGCUGCCCUGCCUGCUGCGUUUGCGCCAAGCCAGAGACCUUCCUCUUCAGGCUGCUGUGAGAGAAGCACUGGCUGUGGUUGGCUACACUGACCCAGUCAAAGGCAGAGGAAUUCGGGUCCUGGCCAUCGAUGGAGGGGGAACAAGGGGUCUGCUGGCCCUGCAGACUCUCCAUAAAUUACAGAACCUGACUGGGAAACGAGUCCACCAGCUCUUUGACUACAUCUGUGGAGUCAGCACAGGUGCCAUCUUGGCCUUCAUGUUGGGAAUUUAUCAGAUCCCCCUGGAAGAGUGUGAGGAGAUGUACAGGAAGCUGGGCUCGGAUGUGUUCAAACAAAACGUCAUCGUUGGAACUGUCAAGAUGGGCUGGAGCCAUGCUUUCUAUGACAGUGAAAUCUGGGAAAACAUCCUCAAGGAACGGAUGGGUGACGGGUGUAUGAUUGAGAGUGCCAGGAACCCACACUGCCCUAAAGUGGCAGCAGUGAGCACCAUUGUGAACAGGGGUUUACCUCUGAAGGCCUAUGUGUUCAGGAACUACAGACUCAUGCCAGGAGUGAGAUCCCACUACCCCGGAGACUGCAAACACAAGAUGUGGCAGGCCAUCAGGGCCUCGUCUGCCGCCCCGGGCUACUUCCAGGAAUUUGUCCUGGGAAAAGACCUUCAUCAGGAUGGAGGACUUCUGAUAAACAACCCCACAGCGUUGGCCAUCCACGAGUGUAAGUGUCUGUGGCCGAACACUCCUCUGCAGUGUGUGUUGUCUCUGGGCACCGGACGUUAUGAGACGGUGGGCAAGAACAGCACAACCUACACAAGCCUGAAGACCAAGCUCACCCAUGUGAUCAGCAGCGCCACAGAUACCGAGGAGGUGCACACCAUGCUGGACGCCCUCCUGCCUCCCGACACCUACUUCCGCUUCAACCCCUACAUGAGCGAGGACAUCCCGUUGAACGAGAGCCGCGUGGAGAAGCUCAACUUCCUCAAGAGCGAGGGGGAGCGCUACCUGGAGCGCAACGAGGCCAAGCUGAGGAAGGCGGCCAGCGUGCUGGGCCAGGAGAAGAGCACCAUCCAGAGACUGGCCGAGUGGGCCAAGCUCAAGGCCGACAUGUACGAGGGCCUCCCCUUUGUCUCCAAGCUGUAGUUGUUAGCCUGACGACAGUGUGACCACAAAAGAGAUUUUAAGGUAAGAAGAAGCGGAGUGUAAAAACUCCCAAUACCUGAAAGGGAUCAAACCGGGCACAUUUUUAAGCAUCAAGGGAGGAAAUCUGAAAUGAAAUACUAAAUGUUUACAUGUUUUGAUCAUCAUCCACCUAACACUAAAAGAUGAUUAUUCAUAAAAAUGAAGACAGUACUAUAAAUAAUAGUGUGUAAUUACAAAUGCGAUUUAUUAUUUGUGAGAUAGAAUAUGUCUGAUGGAGACAGAGAGAAUUCAGCAACACUUGAUCAGAGGAGAUGCAUGUGUAAAUAAGUUCAUAAAUGUAUGUAUUUUAAAAUGGCUGGACGUGUGGGUUUACUGAUUUUGGAAUGCUCACAGACGGCAGUUUGGUGCUGACACCUGAAUUAAUGCCAAUGUGUGGUUAUUUUGUAAAGAAGAUUAAUGGUCUUUUGCAUUUCCGGUAACUUGAAUACAUUAAAUGUAAUUGAUACAUGAUUGCACAGUGAGAACAUAAACAUGACUGCCUAUUUCUAACACUGUACAGAACGAAGACUUCAUGCACUUUGUAAAAUAUAAUUCUUAACCAAGAAAAUGUUAAUAAUAGUGGAAGUAAUAGUGAACUCUUAAUGAGUGUUAUUGCCAGAAGUUAAGAAUAAGUUAAAAGAAAUACAGUGUCCUAUAAUGGAACCUGCAGCCACACUGAAAUCUGUUCUGAUACUUCAUCCUCUUAGCACACAGCAUGCUCUUCUUUGUUCUUCUUAGAGCAAUGAAUUGUGGCCCUUCAGUUAGUGUGAAGCUUUUGCCUUGAACCUCGCCAAAGCCUGAAUUCUACAAUCCCGGCUUUUGUUGCUCUACACUUUAUAAACUUGACACACAUUUUACAUCAUCCUCCCUUCCUCAUUCGUUUGUGGAAUGUGAAAAUUAAAAAAAAAAAAGUGUCAUGAAAUAAUAAAGCUUGGUUUUCAAAA